CUCUUCAGCCGCAUUCAGCGCGAAGACCACACUGAUAAGCACACUUCAGUCCAGCUCCCAAAGACCGCUUAUAACCGGCCAAGGCAGGCCAGGUAGAUACGGCUACAUGAUAGUGUUAGAAUCGUCGACUAUUCGUGCGUUUGUUACACAGGAUAAAAAGAAACUCAGACUCGGUUAGCUCCCAGAGCUAACAUCACUUAGGGUAGUUUAGUAGGGAUAUUAUAUUAGGAUAUCAGUGUUGUAGCUGUUUUUUUUUUUUCUUCAUUUAGUUUAACGACCUUUAACUCAUCGAUUAGUCGUGUUAUAAUGCUCUAAGAUUCCUUAAAGAACAUGUCUGCUGUAGUGCUGCAAGUUGGACAGUGUGGUAAUCAGCUGGGCCUGGACUGGUGGAAGCUCAUAACUAAAAAAUCCAAUGAGCACAAGAAAAGAUGUCCAUUCAGCUCCAGAAAUGGGGACCUAGCAGCAGUGUGUGUUGACACUGAGCCCAAAGUCCUCAGAAAAGCUUAUGAGUUUGUCAGAAAUAGGGAAAUCCGACAAUCCAACAUUAUUGAGGGGAAAGGAGGACGUGGAGGAAACUGGGCAUAUGGUCAGUCCAGAGUCACGCUCAGUACUAAACAAUCUGGAUACACAUUGUAUAGCUCAUGGUUACCAUGGAGGCCGAGGUGAGGGUGACAACGGCUUACUCAAGCAUACAAUGGAGGCAUUGCGUCAAGAAGCAGAAAGACAAGAUUACUAUGGAGGAACUGUUCUCCUGCACAGUCUGACUGGAGGCACAGGGUCUGGUCUCGGUUCACGGCUGUGUGAGGAAAUUCGUGAGGAGUUUCCUGUGGGUCACAUCCUGACUGUGUCUGUGGUACCUCAUCAAAGCGGAGAGAGCCCGCUUCAGCACUACAACACUUUACUGAGUCUAGCAGCACUACACAGGUCGGCUGACGGCAUACUUCUGUUUCAUAAUGACCAAGUUCUAAGUCGUGCUGGAUUUCAACAGAAAUCACAUGCAGGGUUUGGAACUGUCUCCUGUGGUUUCCCACAAAGCACACUCUCAGUAAUGAAUGCACACAUAACCUCAUGCAUGGCUGGACUCCUGAUGCCAGUGAAGACUCUUACUACAGGAAGUGGCCAGAGUUUAGGAAUGGAGCCAUGGGAGUUGGUGAGGUCUGUAUGCCCUAUUCCUACAGCGAAGCUACUCUACACCACUCAGGCUUCUGCUAGUGAGAUGUCACACUGGGACACUUUAGCCAGUGAAACAGUUCAGAAUCUACCUCAGCUUUCACCUGAUGGAAAACCUUAUUCUAGUCGUGCUGUGCUGGCAGUUGCACGUGGCAACCAUGACAACUCGUUUAUCGUUUCAUCUGUCCUGCAGAAGCUGCGACAUGCACAUAGGUGUGUCCCAUGGAAUCCUUUUCCUGUUGACCACUGGACUGAUCCCAGAAAUGAAGCUAAUGUCCGCUCGUCUGCCCGCAUACUCACCGUAUGCUCCAACCACAGCAGUGUCACAAAGUUAUUAGGCCACGUAGCUCAACGUACAACAGAGAUGUUAAAUGCACGAGCCUAUCUACACUGGUAUGAACGUUAUGGCAUAGGGACGGAAGAAUUUCAUCAGGCAUUAAAUACACUUUCUGAUCUCAUUGAGGAGUACGAGUCUCAGUGAGGCUUAAUCUUAAAUGCACUUGAAUGUAAUAUCUAUGAAAUUUGUCAUGGAUGUUGUUUAAUCCCUAGGUUUGUGCUUAGGUGUUAAGAUCUGCAAGCAUUUUAUAGUUUGAGCUUAAAAUAUUUCUAGCUGGUGAAAACAAAUUAAUAAAUGUAUCUUUUUGAUAGUUUUGUGUCUCAGUUGCUUUUCUGUCAUUAUGAGCAUUAAGUAUACAGCCAAAUCAGAACUAUACUGUGGCAUGUUUUGCUCAGUCAAAACAUUAUAUCCAAUUCAAGCAACCUGAACACUGAAUUCAUUGAAACAUGUUCACUUUCACAAACCUUGUAGCAGUCAGAAUAGAAAAAAACUCUGUUGAUGUAUAUCAGAAUGUCUAACAAAAAUGACACUAGUUUGUUCUCCAGGAUUUUUAAAAGAGACUCAAGACCAGGAAACCUUAAUGUGGGGAAAAAAACAUAAGUCUUAUGCAGUGUCACUAAACACCCUCAAGCACCAUGCCAACUUCCCCGAUAGUGUGUUUGGUAUAACAACACAGCAUGUUGUGUUAUUCCAGUUACACCACAAAGAUUUGCCAACGAUUGUCAUUUUAAAGCUUUUAUUGUUAGAUUUUAUCUUGUGGAACAUCUGAGAGACAAUUUCUCUGUUGUGAAUUUUACUCAUAAAUGCUGGACUAUAUUGUUUGUCUAUGCUUUCACAGUUUUCGUAACAAGGUUUAGUUUGGUGUGUAUGUUUUUAUCCCAUGGUGGGCACCAAAUGUUCCCACAAAGAAAAGAAUAAGCAAAUGAUGGCAGGUGAUGAGGCCUGAGGUGCAGUCAGUGUUACAAUUCAUCCAACAGGUGUUCAGUAUAGUUGAGGUCAGGGCUUUGUGGAGACCACUCCAAUUCUUCUAAGUCAACCUUGGCAAACCAGGUCUUAAUGGACCUCACUUUGUACACAGGGGCAGUGUAACACUGAGACAUGUUUUGGACCCUUAGUUCAAGUGAAGGGAAAUUGUAUAGGUAUGACAGUCAGGUGUCAACCUAUGUUUGGCCAUAUAGUGCACAAGAACAGUGAGAUAUGUAUGAGCACCUGCCUAAUAUUGUGUUGGUUCCCCUUUUGCUGCCAAAACAGCACUGACUCGUCGAGGCAUGGACUCCCUGAAGGUGUACUGUGGUAUCUGGCACCAAGAUGUUAGCAGCAGAUCCUUUAAGUCAUGUAACAGGACUUAAAGGAUACUUACAGGACUUAAAGGAUACUUCUGAUAGAUACAGACCACUGCAGACCAGAAACACCGCACAAGAGCUGCAGUUUUGGAGAUGCUCUGAUCCAGUCGUCUAGUCAUCACAAUUUGGCCCUUGGUCAAACUCACUCAAAUCCUUACGCUUGUCCAUUUUUCCUGCUUCUAACACAUCAACUUUGAGGACAAAAUGUUCACUUGCUGCCUAAUAUAUCCCACCCACUAACAGGUGCCAUGAUGAAGAGAUAGUCAGUCUUAUUCUCUUCACCUCUCACUCCUCUUAAUGUUAUGCCUGAUUGGUGUAUGUACAGGUCCAGUGAGGAAUAUGGACAUUAUUAUGACAUUUGUCUCAUCACAAAGAAGUGUAUUGUUAGGAAUGGAAUAUAGUUUAUGAAGUAAAGUGCUACACUUAGGAUGAAAUGUGAACCAACUAAAUGAAACGAAAAUAAACUGUAGACUGUACAAUAAGACUCAGCACAGUUUAAAGUCCUGAGCAGCACUAGAACGUGCACAUUAGUAACACCACAGACCUCUGAGGGUUAUCUGGGUCUGAUUUUAUUUGGAAUCCCCGGCAGAUUUCUUGCAUUUUACCCCACACCCCCUGUGUUGUUGCCCUCAGUGCUGUAGAUGGCGGUGUAUGGAGCAG